UACAACAAACCUGGUAACUCCCCUUCCCAUCAAUUCACAAUAACGAAUCAACACAAAACUGUCAUCCGAGCUGCGAAAAAAAAAAAUCUCUAAAACCAAUUCACAAUUCCAGUUUCAAAUCAGCGCAUCAGCAGACUAAUGCAGAUAUCUCCCCUUCCCCAUCUAUAGAACCCAUUAACCGGCUGGAUUUGUGAAAAAGUAACUGUCUCUAAACUCACCAAUACCACCUCAUUCUACAAAACUUCUCCACAAUCAGCUAUUUAAACACAAACGACUGAAUUGAAAUAAGAAAAAAAAUUUCGCCAUUUAUAAACCGUAUCCAGCAAUUCAGCAGUAACCAGCUGCAUCAACAGCAAAACGAAUACAACAAAAAAAGAAACACACAAAAAAAAAAAAAGAGGAGAAAAUUCCUGACCAACGAAAACGAAAACCAGUCAAAGGCAAUUUUGCAGCCAGUCAUUUCUGAGAGACCGAGUCGAGUGGAGUUGUGGAAAUUUGAUUUCGAAGCGAGAAACAAAAAUUAAAAAAAAAAAUAAUAAAAUAAACGCAACACAGCGAUCCGAAAGUUUUGUUGUUUGUUUGCUUUAAAAUUUUAAGAAAAGCAACAAAAAUUUUAAAAGAGCGAGAGAGUUUAACCGCGCUGAGCGUGAAACCAAGUGAAAUAGGAAGUUAUUUUUAUGUCUGUGUCAGAAAAGAAUUUCCUUGUUUUUACUUUUUUUUAAUAAUUAAUAAAAAUUUUAAGGUACAAAAACCUUAAAAAAAAAAACUGCAAUUUUUUACUUUAUUUCUCUUCUCCCCAAAAAUCCCCCUCAAAAGGCGUGGUGUUGGUGUGUGUGUGUGUAUAUUUAACACUUUUUCUUCUCCAAAAAAACCAGCACACAGAAUAAUGAGUGUACUUCCUCUCUACGAAAAAUUAAAAGAACAAAAAAUGUUGUGAUUUUGUAAAUCUCUCCAAAAAGUUAUAAAAUAACCAACAAAAUCUUUCUCUCCAAUAAAAAAGGAUCUUUCUCUCAAAAAUUAAACUAAUUGAAAAAUUUACUAAAAAAAAAAAGUGCAAAAACCCAAGAAGAAAAACAGAGAAGAAAUUGAAAGAAAAAAAAAAAAAAAACUUACAACUCAACUUGUUACCCAAACCCAAAACGUAGUCACAAGUCGAGUUGAGUCGAGAAGUUGUCUUGUCGCUUCUACUACUGCUACACACACUCUCUUCUGUCACCCUCACCGUCAUCAUCAUCAUCAUCGUCGUCGUAGUGAGUCGAGUGUCUCCUCAUUGUCGUUCUGUUCGUCGUCGUUUUCGUUUUUGUGUCGCGUGUGUGCGUGUGUAUGUUUGUACUUAUGAAGCAUAUUAAUAAUAUUAUUCACAAUAAUGUGCUACCACUGCUACUAAUGCCAAAUGCGAUUUCUCUGCUGAAAAAGAAGUAAGUGAAGAAAAAAAAAAUCGUAGUGAGCGAGUGUGAGAGAGAAAAAGAAGAAUCGACGACCAAAAAAAAACCUUUUUUCGUCGUUUCUUUUGAAAAUUCAAAAAAAAAAAAAAAAAAAAAAUCUGUCAAAAAACAAAAUUUUCCGGUCUAAAUUUGCUUAAUUAAGUGCCUUUUUCGAAGAUUUGAGAGCGAAAUUAACUUUUUUUUUUCAUUUAAAUUUCCAUCCAAUUCGUCGGAGAAUUCGCCGCUUAAUCGAACUAACCGAAAAAAAAAAGUAGAAACAAACAGAACUAAACUUAAAAAAAACGAAACUUCAAAAACUCGUAUAAAAAAACAGAAGCAGUGCAAAAAUGUUUUCCGAAGGAAUUAAUCCAAUUGGCGAUGGAUUGUUGGACGUGGACGAUGAACGUUUGAAAGGAUUACUUGUCCAGGACGAUAUAAACGAGAUUUAUGAUGUGGAACAAACUCCAUUUGCAAGAGGCAAAUUUGCUGCUGUACGUCGAGCCAUUCACAAGAAAUCCGGCGUGCAUUUCGCUGCGAAAUUUCUUAAACGCCGCCGCCGAGCUCAAUCAUCGGACAAGGAGAUAAAGCAUGAGAUUGCUGUGUUAAUGAUGUGCGCGGGAUCCGACAAUAUUGUCAAAUUGAAUGCCGUUCAUGAGUCCAGAUCAGAUACGGCUCUACUAUUGGAAUUAGCGACUGGAGGAGAGCUACAGACAUUUCUGGACAAUGAGGAAUCUUUAACCGAGGCACAGACACGUAUUUGUAUGCGCGAAGUACUUAAGGCCCUUCAGUUCCUGCACAAACGUUCAAUUGCACAUUUGGAUUUAAAGCCACAGAAUAUUUUGCUUACCGGUGAAAGGAUCGAAGAUGGCUUAAAACUAUGUGACUUUGGAAUAUCACGUGUUGUAGCAAAUGGCAGUAAUGUUCGUGAAAUACUUGGCACCCCAGAUUAUGUGGCACCCGAAGUACUACAAUACGAACCAUUAUCCCUGCAAACAGACAUCUGGUCUGUUGGUGUCCUAACUUAUGUUCUUCUAUCGGGUUUCUCGCCAUUUGGUGGUGAUACCAAACAAGAAACCUUCCUUAACAUAUCACAAUGUGCCCUAACGUUUCCAGAGAAACUCUUUAAAGGGUUAUCAGUGCAUGCUACUGAUUUUAUAAGACGAGCAUUGCGCAUCAAACCAAAUGACCGCAUGACAGCAUCAGGAUGUCUGGAACACAUUUGGUUGCGUGACGAAAUGUCUGUCGAUAGAAAGAUCCUCAACAUAUCCAAAGCACACGAUGACCUGUCAUCGAAUGGUGGCGGUGGUAGCGGUGGCAGUGGUCAUUCCGAUUACGACGAAGAAGAUGACGAUGAGAAUAGCACUAGCAGCAGCAGCAGUGAAAGUAGCAGCAAUCAGGGACGAAAUGGCAUGACCAAUGGCACUAAAAAGAUGAUGCACAAUGGUGCAACCAUUCGAAAUGGUCACACAACUUCCAAUUGUUCCAUCAUCUGUUCAUUGUCUAAACAACAACAACAACAUAAUGGCUUCCAGCAACUAAAUCACGAACUGAUGCCAUCCUCCCGCCGUCAUUCUUCCGAUGCCAACAAAGAGAACACUUUUUUACGGAAGCCCACAUCGAUGAGCGGCGGCACUAGCAACGGCAGCAGCAGCACAACGACAAACAACUCUUCUUCCAUAUCCUCAAAAUUGAAUAGUAGCAGUGGACCUGCCGCUAUCAAUCCCAUCCAUCAGCAACAGCUGCAAUUAACCACGACAAAUGGCUCAGCAACGACUCCUUGUUUAUUCCCAGAUGCGCCAACUACACCAAAAGUUAUCCGCAAAGCUCCGACCUCAGAGUCAUCACCCACCAGUGUCAAGGCCUUGGUUAAGAAGUUCCAGCUGGAAAGCAACAGCACUAACCAACAACAGCCCUUGGCAGCUCCAACUUUACUCUUAAAAGAAGCACAUCACAAUAACAACAACAACAGUGAUAGAAAAUCUAAUGGUUAUAUGAGCCAUCAUCAUCAUCAUAACCACCAUCACCAAUAUAAUAUGAGUACAUCAUCCUCCAAGUACCAUAUUCAUAAUAAUAGCAGUAGUAAUCGUAAAAGCAAUGGAACAACAACAACGACACAACUGAAAUCAGCGACAGAUGCCAUUACCACCGGUGUCAUUUGUACAAAUGGCGGACAGUCAACAGUGGUAACAACAGUGUCGUCAGAAGCGGCGGCGACGAGCUCCUCUAGCAUGAACAACCCAUCACCGUCUUCGUCAGCAGCAUUGGUCACUAGCAACAGUGGCACCUACAAAACAAGUUGUGUAUUCUGCUUGACAUGCAGCGGUCCCGGAUGCCGGCAUUCGGGCACAUCCGUUGCCAAUAAGACCACAACGAACAGCAUCGGGCUGGAUCAGGGUAUCAUCUGUUAGCUAAGGGCCAGCAGGGCCCGAAGAAACGCCAAAAGUUUCUUCCAUAGAUUUCUAUGCUGCAUGUAAUAUUAACUAUAAAAUUGUUAGAUGCGCAGAUUUAUUAUUAUUUUUUUUUUUCGUUUUUAAUUUUAAUUAAAAAAAAAUAUUUUCUGUUUUUUUUUUCGUAUAUAAAUAUAUAUAGUUUAUUUUUAUAAUUUAAUUUAAUAAAAAAAUAUAUAUAAAUAUAAAAAAAAAAUGAAAACCGUUAGGUAAUUAAGAACCUAGGUGUGUAAGCAUAUCGAAUAGAAAAUAUAUUAAAAGAAAAAAAAAUAGAAAACUAAAUAAAAAAAUGCACCGCUUAUUAAAUGCGCAUACAAGUCAGAUUAAAUAAAAAAAAUAUAUAUAUAUUGAUGAUGCAGAAAAAAGAGAAACAGACAAAUAAAUAAAAAAGAAAAAAAAGUAUAAAAAAGAAGACGACGAAGGCAGCUGAGAUGAAAAAGAAGAGAAAAUUAAGAAAAAAAAUAUGUACCGGGCGCCAUUUAUAUAAGAACCCGCUGCUUUAAGUAUAAUUUUUAUUUUCUAAAUAAUUUAUUAAAAAAAUGGUGAAUAUAUUUAAAAUAAAAAUAUAUUUCUAUAUUAUUUUUUCCACCAAAACAAAAAUGGAAUAUAAUUAAAAAAAAUACUUAAAUUAUAAAAAAAAAAACUAAAAAACCUUAAAAAAAUAAAAUCCAUUGUAUAAACAAAAAGAAAUAGAUAUUAAAAAUAAAAAGAAAGAAAAAUAAGGAGUGUUCUCUUCUGAAAAUACGCACAUUAAUUUU